AUGAAAGAAACGAGAGUUGAUAUUUCCUCCUUUGCGAGCUUCUUCUCCUUGUACUUCACAUAUUUUGGAAUGAUGACAGUUUCCAUUACGCCAAAUCAUCAAGUAGCAUCAAUCUUUGGAGCAGCAUUUUAUGGACUCUUAUAUCUCUUUUAUGGUUUCUUUAUCCCAGGACCGAAAAUUCCUAAAUGGUGGAUUUGGUAUUAUUGGAUAUGUCCAGUAGCAUGGACAGUAUGGAUUGAUUGUGUCACAAUAUAG